GUUGCAAUUUUCUAAACAUCGUGCGGAUGAUAUGUCGCGGCGCCUGGAGGGCUCUCUCGCGUAGCAUAUCGACCCUGCGGCCAUGUUAUGACAAAGUUUCAUUCGCCAAAAUCGUCUCAGCGGCCCUUCCAGGAUCAGUGGGCGGGAGUCGAAGUCGAUAUGUAUCUUCGACAGCCAUAUCAGACGUGAGGGACUGGGCCCCGAGGUCUGCUGACGCCUUUGCCCCGGACACAAUCUAUGCAUUGUCUACUGCUCCUGGCCGAGCUGCGAUCGCCGUGGUCCGCAUCUCAGGACCGGCGUGCCUUGACAUCUACCGCUCCCUAUGUCCUAAUCGACCUCAACCGAAACCUCGAACUGCAACCUUACGACGGCUGUAUGAACCGCACCCAAACGGCGCACAGAGUCGCCAAGUCCUUGACAAUGGCGCGCUCGUCCUUUACUUCCCUGCGCUAAACACCGUGACCGGCGAAGACGUGCUCGAACUGCACGUCCACGGCGGCCGUGCUAUCGUCAGAUCUGUUCUGGAUGCCGUCUCGGCAUGCGGAGGAAUUCUCAAAGAGACGGGGUACAUGAUACGCCCUGCUGAGCCGGGCGAGUUCACAAAGCGUGCGUUUUACAACGGGAGACUGGACCUCACGCAGGCCGAAGCACUAGGCGAGACUCUUGCCGCCGAGACCGAGCAACAACGCCGUUUGGCCGUGAGCGGCUCAGAUGGAGGUCUUGCAAAGCGUUAUGAAGAAUGGCGGACGAUGUUACUCUACGCCCGAGGCGAACUGGAGGCGCUCAUCGACUUCUCUGAGGAUCAGCAUUUUGAUGAGUCACCAGUGGAAUUCAUGGCUUCCGUGUCAGAACAAGUCACUGGGCUACAGCGGCAGAUCGAAAUACAUGUGCGAAACGCAUCCAAGGGCGAGCUGUUGCGUAAUGGUAUCAAUAUUGCUCUGCUGGGCGCGCCGAAUGCUGGAAAAAGUUCCUUGUUAAAUCGCAUCGUGGGCCGAGAGGCGGCGAUCGUCAGUGCCGAAGAAGGCACGACAAGGGAUAUCGUUGAUGUUUCUGUCGACUUGCAAGGCUGGCUAUGCCGCUUGGGUGACAUGGCGGGCUUGCGAUCUGGUAGUGGCGACAACGGCCAGUACAGAAUCGGCUUGGUCGAGCGUGAAGGGAUACGUCGUGCUCGGGAGCGAGCGCUUCAAUCCGACGUUGUCGUUGCACUUCUAUCAAUCGAGUUAGAUGAUGAAGGUACGCCGAUUGUUCCGGUCAAUGAACAAGUCUACGAGGCCGUUCAGGAAUGCCACGUCGCUGGCAAAAUGAUCCUGCUUGUCUUGAACAAGAUUGAUCUUCUCGAAAAUGGCGCUCAUCGAACAGCAGCACUCCAAUCUCUGCAGGCACAAGUUCAGAAAGUAUUUCCCACUAUCCCUUCGAACCGAAUAUGUGGUAUAUCCUGCAUCGAUGCAGAAUCGACGAUGGGGACCCAGAGUUCAGCCGGUCUUCAAUCGUUCCUUCACCAAUUGACCGACGCAUUCGCUGAGCUCACUACGGCAGCCGCGGGUGGAGAUAUUGACAGGAUAAAUCCAGCCGAGGCUCAAGCGUAUUGGAGUGCUUCCCUGUCCGUCACGCACCGUCAGAGCCUGUACCUCAAACAGUGCUUAGGGCAUCUCAAUGACUUUCUCGAUCAAGCAGCUCCCAAUUCAAAUGUCAUGUCCUCUUCUUCGGUGACGAAGGACUCGAACCGACACGAGAAUACGACUAUUGCCAAUCAUGAUCCUCAGGAUGAGAUUGAUAUUGUCACCGCAGCCGAACAUCUCCGGUUCGCCGCCGAUUGCCUGGCUAAAAUAACAGGUACGGGAGAAACUGGAGAUGUAGAAGAUGUGCUUGGGGUUGUAUUUGAGAAGUUCUGUGUCGGAAAAUGAAGCCUCAAAAAUAACGCCCGAAAAUGCCGCUGAAAUAUACGUAAUGAUGCGAGAAUUGCCGUCUUUGAUGUUGCCCGAAAAAUCAAGAGCGCCCGAAAAUGCCGCUUGAACGCUUGAACCGAAAGAAUGGGUGCUCAUCUAGAGCUGUCUGAAAAGAAUGAGAAAUCGUGAUCAAGCCAGGAUCACCAUUUGUUGCUGCAGUCGAGACUGAAAAGGCCACAAGGAUUCGAUCCUCGUUGUCCCGGCCAAAAGGAAAAGAUGGAAUGUUUAGUUGUAACCUCCACGGCCUUGAGCGGCUUGUUGUCGGUUGUAUCCUCCGCGACCCUGAACCAUGGCCAACCUGUUGUACCCCCCACGGCCUUGUCUGUUGUAUCCGCCACGACCCUUCUGGGGAGCAGUGCCCGCUGGGGUGUUGUAACCGCCGCGUCCGAUGGCCAUUUGGAAAAGAAAUGCGGGGUUAAGAUAUUGAAAGAAAGAAAUUGUGGAUGGGUCGAAGACAAAUGAGACAAGGAAAGAAGAAGAAGAUGGCAAGUAGUCGAAGGACUGUUUGGGGUUGUUGCUGGCUUGCUAGCUUUAUGAUUGUGAAAGAAAGCAGAGAGAAAUAAGGAAAAAAAGUUGUAUACCUUAAGUCUAGAGAGGGUGAAGUUGGAAUGCUGAACCGAAACUAGGAAAAUGCGAAGAAAAAGGAAAGCUGAAAGAUGUGGUUUGAUGAAUGAACGAUGGAUGGAAUGGAAUGGGAGAUGUCUUCAAAGUCGCGAACUUGAUAUUGAUAUAUACCUUUUUUCCUCGAAAGGCCCGUCGUCUACCGUACUGUACCUGACUCGGUAGGUCAGGGCGGCCGUGCAAUGAUGCUGGAGGGAGAGAGAGGUGGCAUGUGGUAUGUCUCCACAGUGUCAGAUCCACCAGGUUACCAAAGGUCUGGUGAGUAGCUUUUUCGGAUUCCAAGAGGCACCAUGACACGACGGUGGGCAUGAGGUAAAUUUGGGGCUGACAUGAGGGUACGCCAUGUGUCCCCGGACAGAUACACCAAAGCCUCCUCCCCUGUCGAUAAUCGGUCGUAGGGCUGACGGCAGAAAAUGGACUUUUGAUGUCCCUGGAGACCAAGACCAUGCCGGACCAGGCAAUGCAAGAGCGAAAGUCGUCAGAUGGGAGGUGGGUACGAGAGUGACAUUGGCUGCAUCGCCUCUUGUACUCCUGUCGUUCCCCCGUCGAUCGGACAGGGAUUACGGAGUAUUGUAGGACGAAGACCAACGAGAAGCCAGAGAGGUCGUCAAAGUUGCAAUUGUGAGUGGGCAGUGAGCACCGAGUUGUGCUAAUUUCGCACCCGGACGUUAUCAGGGUGGCCGUGCCCGGUAAGGCUGCUUGCUAGUGUUCUCGAUCUGCAUUAGCACGUUCGUUUAGCUGAAGGAAUUUUGACUCCGUCUUGGAAUGAUAAGGAUACGAUAGGGCGUAG